AUAUGAGCUUAGUAAGCUUGUUGUUACAAUUCACUAUUUCGUUGUUUUGAAAUUCACAACAACUAUUCUGUGUUGUUCAAUAAGUUUAAAAAAAAAAACAAAAUGUUCAAGGAGCUAGUAUUGUGGAUGCAUCAUUUGGCCCACGACUUUUGCUUGGCUCGCCCAAUGCCACCGAUACCUCGACAUGGCUGUCGUGUGCCAGUGAAGAAUGGAUUUUUCGCCAAUUUGAUUUUCUUUGUGGCCAUUGUGACGCCGUUGUACUUUUGCCUGUUGAAGGACGUGAUCGCCAUGAUAACCAAGCCCAAGAAGCGUUAAUCCUCGCCAAGGACACUAUCCUUUUUAAGUCAUAGUUUGGUCAGUCAAUGUAGUUGCUAGUUGAAAUCCCAACCCAAUCAAUAUAGUUUGUGGCAUCGUCU